AUAUUGGCGGCAUUGGGUAAAAGCGGUUGUGGUUCAUUGAAAAUAACGCUAAGCAGAGUUUUUUUUUAAUAACAAAAUUAUUAUAAUUAAAAUUCCCCAUGACGAGAAAACAAAAUGAAUAAAAAAAUAAACAAAAAAAGCAAACCAAUAAACAAAUAGACUAGCCAAAAAAUUACGUAUUUCGGAGCAGUUAAUUUUUAUUUUUUCAAUUCAGUGUUUGGUUAAAAGCUGGUAUGGAUUAACCAUAGCUAAAACAAGAUACUUUUUGAUAAACAUAAAUAAAGAGCAAAAAAUUAACAAAGCAAAGUAAAGAACCGCAUUUUAAGUUAAAUUUGAGAAUUAGUCUCCAUUUAAUUCGAUUCUAAAGGGGCUAACAAACAGGCCUGGCUCAACUGCUCACAACCGGCUAAACUGCUUACCGUUCCAAACCAACUACCUCUGAAAUGUGGCUGUCUAUGAGAGUAUUUAUAGCCCUUUGCCUUGUGACAUUAUAUUGUGUGGAAGCCCAGACAGAGUUAAUCUUCACCCCCUCAAAUGUACAAACGCGCCAUGUGAAUGUACCCCAAGAAUUAAUUUUUGUUUCAUCGCACAAUCAACCGGGCACCUCUAAACCUGAAAAUCAGGGAAUCUCUCAACUGCUGUUUACCAACUCAGGCCAGGCGAAGCCUUAUGAUGAAUCGAUAUUUGCCACGGCGACCAAUUUCUCUCCUAGGCAAACACAUGAAGAUAGACCACCUGUAUUUGCUUCCACGCCAGCACAAAGUCUACAGAGAGAUUUGGGAGUUCACCUAUUCGCCUCCUCAGCACCAGGCUCAUCAUUCUCGUCAUCCUCAUAUCCCACCACAACGAAAGCUCCUUAUUAUGAUACUACCACCUAUACUCCUUACUUUUCGAAUCCUACCUACCCCACUUAUACUACCUCAGCUCCUUCGUUAGGCUUGGGAAGAUCAACUAUUUUCUCGUCAUCACCCUCCUCACCAUCAUCUGCAUCGUUUGAGACGAAUGUGAAACUACCACUUGGUCCUCCUGUGUUUGCCUCCAACAACGUUCAGUCUUCUUCACCCAGCCGAACUUCAACAGAUUUUGGCACCUUUGCAGAGGGAAGUUUACUCAAUGUUUCCAAAGGUGCUGAAGAAUUUUCCUUGGAAUUGUUGGCCAAAAUCUCCAAUGAACACUUGUCUGUGCCACAUCGCAGCUAUAUGGUCUCACCUCUAUCGGUAUGGUCUCUCUUGGUCCUGCUUACUGAAGGUGCUGAAGGCAAUACCUUAACAGAACUGCGUAAUAUCUUGAGAAUCCAAAAUGAUAGUCCACAAAGUUUGAGGUCAGCCUAUCGUCAGAUAAAUCAGCGUUUAAACACUGUCACUAAUUUCGUAGAGCUCGCUGCCUAUCAGGCCAUCUAUACUGAUAUCUAUAAGCCCGUUCAACAUGACUACGAAGAUAUUAUAGCCCGGGAAUAUCGCUCUGUGCUAACACCGGUUAAUUUUGCCGAUGUCAAUACGACGUUUGUUAAAAUCAAUGAUGAAAUAGCCAAAGCCACCAGAGGCUUAUUGCGUCACAGUGUCUUGCCACAAGAUUUGAUAGGUGUUCAACUUUUAAUGAUCUCGUCAUUAUAUUUCAAAGGAAAAUGGAAGUUCCCUUUUGAAUCUUACAACACCCAUUGGGUGCCUUUCCAUGAUGAGGCUGGCAAUGUAACUGGCAAUGUGGAAAUGAUGAUGCAAACUGGCAGUUUUAAUUAUGCCCAAAUAAAGGCCAUAGAUAGUCAUGUGUUGGAGUUGCCUUAUGGUGAAUCUAAUCGCAUGUCCAUGUUGGUUAUUCUACCCAAGAAAGGCACAACAUUGAAUUAUGUGAUGAACUCUUUGCGAAGUAUGGGCAUUUCUUCGAUGAUGCAAAAACUCGAUGAAGAGGAACGAAAGACAGCUGAAGACGGGUUUCCACCAGACGUUGAAGUAUAUUUACCAAAAUUUACCACUCAAUCACAUUUUUCCAUACGAUAUAUUUUGGAAAAUAUGGGUCUAAUUGAUGUCUUCCAACCUUCCUUUGCUAAUCUGACGAAAAUUUCCAAAGAUGUGUUUGUCUCCAGCAUAUUCCAGUCGACACGUAUAAUUGUCAAUGAAGAGGGCACCGAAGCUGCUGCAUUGUCUGUUGCUGCUUUGAUCAAUAAGGCAUCACCAGUGAGAUUUUAUUUCGAUCGUCCGUUUGCCUAUUUAAUUGUAGAGAAAACAGCAAAUCUUCUACUAUUUGCUGGUGAAAUAAAAUCACAUUUGUAAAUGGAAAGUUAAAAA